UGAUGUUUCUAUUGUUAAUCCUAGAAAAUUUAUAAUUAUUUCAAAUAAUUUAAUCGGAAAAGAAUGUGUUUGGUAGAUUUUUAUUUAAAAUACGAAUAAAAAUGUGGUCGCAGGUGCUUCGGAUUUACUUACGGAUAUAUAUAUGAGACAUAUAAAUAAUAAAUAAUUAGAGUUUAAGUAAAAUUAUAUGAAAGAAUUCACAGAAAGAUGCAUGGAUUUAAUUAAUAAAGGGUAUAAUGAAACUUAGGCAUUUUUAGUUGAUAAAACAGUUAAAUUAUUGAUGAUUUUCUUCGAUAAAUAUGAAGGAGUUAAUUUAGAAAAUGAGUUUAAUUUAUAAUAAUAAGUUUAAUAUUAAUCUGGGUUUUUGAAUGUAUCGUUUACUUUAAUUCCAGAUAAUGUUAAAAAAGAAUUAAGAAUUAAUAUUAAUUAUCCUUUUUCAAUUAUAAAGUAAAAAGUUAGUAAAGAAUUCGGAAUUCCAAUUAAUGCUUUAGUACUUUAAUGUAAAAAUAAAUAAGAAAUUGUAGAUAAUGAUGAUGAUGAAUAGACACUUAAAAAAUAUCAAUUAAGUACUAAUUUUAUUGUAAGAAGAAAGCCUAUUUCUGAUGAAGAAGCUAAUUAUCACCCAAAAAAUCACAUCUAUUAAAAUAUUAAAUAUUUUGAUUUAUUAUUUGAUAUUCUAUCAAAGAAUUUCGCUUCAGAGGAAUGUCAUAAUAAUCUAUGGGAUUUAUUAAUGAAAUUACCUUUAAAUGAACAUAUAAAAUAAAGUAUUUAAUGCAUAGAUUAACCUUGGUAGUAAAUAUUUAAAGGAACGUUUCAUAAAAAGCUAUAUUGUUUGAAUAUUAUCGAAGAAUUAUCGUCAAAUAGAUAAUACAUAUAAUGGUAAGAAAAAUUCAUAAAUAAUAAAGGUUUAAAUAGUCUUAUAUAGGAAUUAAUAUAUCUUGAUAUGACUAUAAUAAAAAGUGCAUUAUCAAAAAAAUUUGUGUCAAAAUUAAUACAAAUAAUACAAUAUUAUUUAUAAUGCACAGAUAUCACAUUUUAAACAUUAUUUAGAGAAAAUAAACCAGCGGACUAAUAAUAAGCACUUUUAAACAAAUUAAUUCAAUGCAUUUUGUGUAUAUGUGAAUAUUGUAAAUUGAGAGAAUAAAAUGACUUGGAAAAUUGUGCUUAAGAAAAAUAAAAUUGGGAAAAUCAAAAAUAUUAAUUUUAAAGACAAUAAUAAUAUUAAAUGAAUAAUAAUAAUAAUAAAAAAAGUAAUGUAUUAUUACUUAUGCCUUUAUUAUUUGAAAAAAUACUACCCAGUAUAGUCAAUAAUAGUAAGUUUUAUGGAAAUUUCAAAGAAAGAACAAGCCCUUUCUUUUAAUUAUGUUAAGAUAUUUUAGAAUAUUAAUAAAAAGAAAUCUUUAAUUUGAAUUAUAUAGUCCUUUAACACUAAUUAAUUUCCUAUAUUAUAAAUAGGGAAACACUAGAAAGAUCUAAGAAUGAAAAAGAUGAUAUAUUAAUUGGUAUUUUAGGUAUUUUGAGGCGUUUGAUUAAUAUUUAUGGCAAUAAGAAAUUAGAGUUAGACGAAUAAUAUAAUUUUGUAUAAAUUUUAAUUAAUUUUAAUUUUGAAAUUCCUUCGGCAGCCGAAAACGAAAAUAAUAAAAAAAUGAAAGGACCAAAAUGUAAAAACUCAGAAAGUAGAUAAUAAGCAUUUGAUUUAUUAUAUACUUUUGCAAAAAGCUGUAAUGAGAUUUUAAUGAAAAUUGUUGAUUUUAUUACUCCACUUAUUGUAAAUGGAGAUUGGAGAACCAAAAAUAGUAGAGAUUGGAAUAUUAUACCUAAAUUUAAUGAAAAAUCACCUACUGGAUAUGUUGGAUUGAAAAAUUUAGGAUGCAUUUGUUAUAUGAAUUCGUUACUUUAAUAGUUUUAUAUGAUUCCUUCUUAUAGGUAAGCUAUUUUAAAUUGUAAAGAUAAAGAAUUUGGCAAAACUGAAAAUGAAGAAAAUUUACUUUUUUAAUUAAAAUGCAUUUUCACUGCUCUUACAUAUAGUGAUAAAGAAGCUUAUAACCCGAAAUUGUUUUGCAAUGCUUUUAAGGAUUUUGAUGGAAAUCCGACCAAUGUUUAUGAAUAGAUGGAUGUAGAUGAAUUUUUUAAUGUUUUUAUGGAAAAAAUUGAAAAUUAAAUGAAAAAUACUAAACAUUAAAAUGCAAUUUAAUAACAUUUUGGAGGUGUCUUAUCUAAUGAAAUUAUAUCUAAAGAUUGUUAACAUUAUUCUGAAUAGGAAGAACCAUUCCUUAGUCUAUCUUUAGAGGUUAAAAAUAAAAAAAAUAUUAAAUAAAGUCUAGAGUCUUUAAUAUAAGGGGAAAUGUUAGAAGGAGAUAAUGCUUAUCAUUGCGAAAAAUGUGGAAAAAAAGUAAAUGCUUUGAAAAGAAUGUGUUUGAAAAGACUUCCUAAUCAUUUAAUUAUGGUUUUGAAAAGAUUCGAAUUCAAUUUUGAUACAAUGUAAAAAGUCAAAAUAAAUGAACUUUGUGAAUUUCCUGAAGAAAUUGAUUUAUAUGAAUUUUCUUAACAAGGAUUACGAAAAAUAGAAUAAAAAACAUAAAAUUAAGAACAAAGAGAAUAUAAUAAAGAUGAAUAAGAAUUUCCAGAAAAUUAUUUUAAAUAUAGAUUAAAUGGUGUAGUAAUACAUAUGGGAAUAGCUGAUUCUGGGCAUUAUUAUUCAUAUAUAAAAGAAAGAGAUCAGGAAGGUGAAAAUAGAUGGAUGGAAUUCAAUGAUAAUAUAGUAAGACCUUUUGACCCAAAAAAUAUUCCUAAUGAAGCUUUUGGAGGAUAGGAGAAAUGGAAAUAUUAAUGUGCUGGCGAUAAUAUUAAUUAUAGAUAGAAAAUAAGAAACGCUUAUCUACUUUUUUAUGAUAAAGUUGAAAUUUUCCCAAGUGAAAAAAAAAGUGGAAAUCAAAAAAAAGAAAAUAACGAAUAAUAAUAAGAAGAAAUCAAAGAAAAUGAACUUGAUGUAGAAAACGAAAAAGAAGAUUAAUAUUGGGAAACUUAUUGUGGUAAUUUUAAAUAGGAACUUUUAGAAUAGAAUAAAUUUUUCCAUUUACAUAAGAUUAUUUUUAGUAAAGAAUUUAUGAAGUUUAUGUCUAAUAUUAUUAUUGAUUAUAAUAUUGAUAGUAAUUUAAUUCCAAUAUAAUAUCCUUUUAUUAUGGAAAAAAAUUCAAAGCAUUAUUUCGAUUUUGAAAUAAUCAAAUUUUGCCUAAGGUAUUUCUUUACUACUCUUAUAAGGGAAAAAUCUAAAAAUGAUAUUUAUUUAUACUUUAAAUUUAUAACUUAGGCUAUUUAAAAAAAUAUACCUACUUGUUAAUGGUUAAUAUGUGCAUUUAGUGAUCCAGUAAUAAUAAAGGAAAUUUUAAUGGGUAAUUGUUAGUAAAUAAAAAAAGAUAUAAUAAUAAUAUUAGAAUAAGCUGCUUUGUAAGUAUAUAAUUUAGAAUCUUCAAAAUUAUCUAUAGAAAACAUAGAUCAUACAGCUAUUCCAAAAACACUUUUUGAGAAUUUAUUAAAUUCUCUUUUAUGUUGUAUAUAAAAUGCAAAUGAAUAUAAUGAUUUUUUCGAACUUAUUUAUAGAUUAAGCUAAUUUGGGCCUUUUGUGGUUAGUUAUUAUUUGGAAAAAUAAGUAAUUACUAGAUUAAUUGAUUUUGUAUUUUUUUUUGGUAAAAAAACAAAAGCGUCUGGGUCUUCUUAAGGGAAUUAUUAAAGAGAUAAUUCAGAUUUAAAAUAUUAGGAAUAUUCUAAUUAACAUCUUAUUGGUUAUCCUUCUAAAGAUGAAAUAAAGAAAUAAUAAAAUAGAAUUAAAUAAGAUAAAUAAUUUUAAAAUUUUAAUUUAAGUAAGUAGUAUUUGUGGUAAACACUAAGUUUACUUAUUAAGAGUUGUAAUUCUAUGCCAAAAAAUCCAUUUAAAAUUGGAUAUUUAAAUUAUAAUUUGUAAUUAAAAUAUAUAUUAUAUUAUAUAUAAAUAUAAUAUGAUUGUAAAGAAAAAGGAUCUUAUAAAGCUGUGAAUUAGAUUUUAGAAUAUUUAUGCUUUGAAGAUAAAAACUUAUCGUAGAAUGUUAUUAAUGCAUGUGCUAUGGCAAUUAAAGAUAAACAAUGUCAUGAAUAUAGGGGUUACUUUGCAUGUUUAAAGAAAUAAUUUUUAAUUAAAGAUUAACUUUAGAAUGAUAGAAUUGAUUUUGGAAUGAAAAACUUAUUUAAAUCAAUUAUUGAAAAUAAAUAAUUUUUCUAUGAAAGUGAUAUUUCAAUAUAAUACUUAAUUAGGAUGUGCAUGAGAAAUAAAUAAAUAGUUAAUUGGAUGAGUUAAAAUAUUAAUUUAUGGUGCUAAUUUAUAAAAAAUAUAGAAAAAUAAACAUUGAUGAGUACAUAAUUUAUAGAAUAAAAAUAGUAAAUAUAUAUAUUUAUAAAAUAUAUUUAUAUAUAUAUAUAUUUAUAUAUAUAUAUAUUUUUUAUUUUUAUAUAUAUUUUUUAUACAUAUUUAUUUAUAUAUAAUAUAUUAUUUUUUUAUAUGUUUUAAAUAUAUUUUUUUUUAUAUAUAAAUUUUUUUAUACAUUUUUAUAUAUAUUUAUAUAUAUAUAUAAACAUAAUAGAAAUAACUAAGUGA